AUUCAGGAGAGCUUCGAGCUAAAUCACGAAACCCUGUACUUAGCCGUCAAACUGAUCGACCAGUACUUGAUGAGAGAAGUUGUCUCUAAACUCCACUUUCAGUUAUUGGGCGCAACCGCUCUCCUAAUUGCCGCCAAAUUUGAUGAGCGCAUUCCUCCGGCUAUUGAGGACUUUAUCUACAUCUGCGACGACGCCUACACCAGACGUGAUGUGGUUUUAAUGGAAAUCAAGAUAUUAAAGACUCUAAACUUCGACCUCUGUUUCCCCAUCUCUUACCGAUUCCUUCGCCGUUUCGCUCGAGACUUUAUCUACAUCUGCGACGACGCCUACACCAGACGUGAUGUGGUUUUAAUGGAAAUCAAGAUAUUAAAGACUCUAAACUUCGACCUCUGUUUCCCCAUCUCUUACCGAUUUCUUCGCCGUUUCGCUCGAUGCGCCAAACUAUCGAUGGAAACGUUAACUUUGGCCCGAUUCGUGUUAGAGAUGUCUCUCAUGGAGUAUGAGAUCAUAGAAGAGGCGGACUCUCGUGUGGCCGCCGCCGCCCUUCUGUUGGCUCUUCGCAUGAAAGGAGAGAAUGAAUGGAGUGAAACUCUUGAGUAUUAUUCUGGAUAUAAAGAGUGUGAUCUAACAAUCCUUAUGUAUCGCUUGAAUGAACUAUUGUUGACGCAAACCAAAUGCAAAACUAUAAGAACCAAAUAUUCUCACUCGAUAUUCUUCGAAGUCGCGAAGAUCUCGGCCCUCCCUCGCAGUAAACCACUUAAAGUCUAGUAUCAGAUCCGCUCAACCAUUGCUAUCAUGUGUGACUAAUCCUAAAAUCUUUUAAUCAAUUAUUUUUUAUGAAAGCAAACAUUUUAAGUUUAAUUUAC